AUGGAAGCCUCCGACAUCCGACAAGUGUACGAUUUUGAGCGCGAUGGGGAAGCUGCUGCCACUCCCAUCGCAUAUCUAGACCUGUACUUCAUCCACCCGUUCUUCGUUUCAAGGCCCAAGGUUAUCGCCCUGUUCAUUCAGAACCCCUCAAUAGCUGAAGUUGUCAAGGCUAGACUCACUCUUCAGACCCUUAUCUCCAACACCGGCCUUGACAUGAGUAGCAUCGAAGCACGACUUCUUUUUCGGAUGCCCUUCCAAAUUCAAUUACGAUUACCGCUUCGCCAUGCUAUUCGCUCUCAAUUGCAACCCAGCCAUCCUCGUUACGAAGCAUAUCUCAUCGCUAUCUCAAUCAGUCGUGCUCCUUGGUAUUUCAAGGAUGCGGGGAUUACACGCCAGGAUGUGCAGGAUGUAUUACGCGCCUUGCGAGGGAGCUCUCCUAUAAUAUACGGAAAUACUUGGGUCACUCUUGACAUUGUCAAACUUCAUUACGCCACCCCAAUGGUUUCCGGUGAUACCACCCAGCUCUUGGACAUCGCCAAGGUCUUCGAAGCUAAUGUGGAACUUGUACACAACACGUACGGCCACUUGCUGUACGCCUUUCAGGAACAUGGGCUUUGGCCCGACCCUCUGCCAGUCGAAACAGCAGUGGAGCAUUGUGCUGAUUGGGGAACACGCAGUUUCCGAGUGGACGUGUCGUGGCCAGUAUCUCCCGAGGCAGAUGAAGAUGCUAUUGAGGAAAGACAGGAAAGCACAGAUUGUUACUUGGAAGAUGCCGAUGAGUUCGCUGAAUGGAACAUUCAGCGAGGAUGA